CAACCCUGUGCAAGCCCCUGGUCCCAAGGGAACAUCAGUUCUACGAGACCCUUCCUGCUGAGAUGCGCAAAUUCACUCCCCAGUACAAAGCCCAGCAUCUCACACUCUCAGUUUUCAAGCCCUGGUAAGAUUGCUCAAUUCUGUUUUGUUUUGUGGAUUUGAGUUUGAUUUUGGUAGAAGUGUAGUUGUGUUUUAUGUUCAGGUGUCUCUUGAUCACAGUAACCCAUAGUCCCCCAUUGGGGGGACGGUGGGGGAAGACUUUGGGAGGAUUUUACCCAGAAUACUUGCCGCCUGCUUUUUGUCCUCCAGGAAACCAGAAGCCCGGGUGAUUAGGACAAAGCCAAAGGCCCCUUGUUAGCUGGCCAUCCCUGCCCCAUUUUUUCUCCUGGUCCUUUCCCCUGUGGCCACAGGGAAGUGUGGCCUGAAUCCCCCACCCCGGCUCCUCUGCACCCAGAGCUGGGGGCCACCUCAGAAGUGUCAUCUCUCUCUGAGCACGCAUUCCCCUGCAGCAGUCGAGGACUGAGCAGAUUGAGUGAUGCUGGGGCAGAGAGGCCUGGGAGGAAAGGUGUUCAGCCAGUCGUUUGUAAGGCGCUCGUCGGCACCUGCUGAAACGCCCCCACCUGACAGCCCCAUCCUCAAAGACUGUCUAAUUACUCAUGGCAGGUUCUAGAGACUUAAGGGGAAAAGCUGCUUUCAAGGCCACCACAUGUCUGUGCUCCCCAACCAGCUCUAUCUGCCUUGUGUUCAUUUUGUUAUUUUGUGACGUGAGACUGCAAAGACCAAUAAAAACAUAUUUUAUAAGAACAAAAGUCCUGGGUGCCUACCCGUGUGGGGGCACUGUGGGAAGCCUUUGCUAGGGUGUCUUGUGCUGUGUGGUUUGUUUUGUUUGCCCCUUUAUUUUGCUUUGCUUACCCAGUCUUCCCUUAUUCUUGGAUGCUUCUUAACCCUCAGGCAAACCUGUGUUCCCCCUGUAUUCAGGCUCUGCUUUAAAGCAAGCCAUGAGGCUGUUGGAGUUUCUGUUUAGGGCAUUAAAAAUUCCCGCAAACUAUAAAGAGCAAUGUUUUCAGUCUUUUAGGAUUAGAAGAAUUACAUAAAAAUUAAUAAACAUUUUCAAUGAUGGAAAAAUGUGUCUUGUAAUUCUUUGGCUCUUGCCUCAUUGAGUACAUCAGAGAGGAAGACUCUCAGCCAUGUUUGCUCCCUAAUUGCUUGUCUUGUAUGGUGUCAUCUUUUCUAGCUGUUUUGAUAUUUGUUAAGUUUGCAGAUGAGUUUGGGGCCUCUGGCAACAUAGAGACUAAGGAACUGGGUGUGGUAUCUGUGCGCUUUGAAGAAGAUGAAGACAGGAACUUGUGUCUAAUAGCAUAUCCAUUGAAAGGGGACCAUGGAAUUGUGGACAUUGUAGAUAAUUCAGACUGUGAACCAAAAAGUAAGCUCCUAAGGUGGACAACAAACAAAAAACAUCAUGUCUUAGAAACAGAAAAGACCCCUAAGGACUGGGUGCGUCAGCACCGUAAAGAGGAGAAAAUGAAGAGCCAUAAGUUAGAAGAAGAAUUUGAGUGGCUAAAGAAAUCUGAAGUCUUGUACUACACUGUAGAGAAGAAGGGGAAUAUAAGUUCCCAGCUUAAACACUAUAACCCUUGGAGCAUGAAAUGUCACCAGCAACAGUUACAGAGAAUGAAGGAGAAUGCAAAGCAUCGGAACCAGUACAAAUUUAUCUUACUGGAAAACCUGACUUCCCGCUACGAGGUGCCUUGUGUCCUUGACCUCAAGAUGGGCACACGACAACAUGGUGAUGAUGCUUCAGAGGAGAAGGCAGCCAACCAGAUCCGAAAAUGUCAGCAGAGCACAUCUGCAGUCAUUGGUGUGCGUGUGUGUGGCAUGCAGGUGUACCAAGCAGGCAGUGGGCAGCUCAUGUUCAUGAACAAGUACCAUGGACGGAAGCUAUCGGUGCAGGGCUUCAAGGAGGCACUUUUCCAGUUCUUCCACAAUGGGCGGUACCUGCGCCGUGAACUCCUGGGCCCUGUGCUCAAGAAGCUGACUGAGCUCAAGGCAGUGUUGGAGCGACAGGAGUCCUACCGCUUCUACUCAAGCUCCCUACUGGUCAUCUAUGAUGGCAAGGAGCGGCCCGAAGUGGUCCUGGACUCAGAUGCUGAGGAUUUGGAGGACCUGUCAGAGGAAUCAGCUGAUGAGUCUGCUGGUGCCUAUGCCUACAAACCCAUCGGCGCCAGCUCUGUAGAUGUGCGCAUGAUCGACUUUGCACACACCACCUGCAGGCUGUAUGGCGAGGACACCGUGGUGCAUGAGGGCCAGGAUGCUGGCUAUAUCUUUGGGCUCCAGAGCCUGAUAGACAUUGUCACAGAGAUAAGUGAGGAGAGUGGGGAGUGAGCUUGCUAGCUGCUCCAGUACUUGAGAGCGACUCUGUGUCCCAGGCACAGCUGUGCUGCGUCAGGGAGGAGGCCAGUAUGGCCAGGUGGUGGCUCCUGCAGCCUGGAGCUGAUGUGCAGUGGCCUCUGUGAGCCCCAGCCUGAGCCAGUCCCAGCUGUGCUUGGAGUCUUUAUUUAUUUUAACUAUUUCUUCAACAUUCCACAUUUGAUGAUCAUACCUCUUUCUUCCCUGAGUGUAUAUGUUCUAAUACAAAUCUUUUUGUUUAUUGUA